CGCCGCAUCAAGCUAUCCUUGCCCUUAUACCAACCGCGGGUUCAUGAUACACGCUGCGUUCACAUUUCUGGAAGACCAGAAUAAGUAACACGCCAACGUAACGUCAACAUGGACCGUAUACUCGCAAAGCCAGCCGACGUCUGCUGUCUCAAAGGCUCUUUCUACUCAGGGGAGCCCAAAGGCAAGACAGAACAGAUUGACGGAGUGGAUACUUAUGUCGCAACGCCUGAGCCAGAGACUGCCAAUGGCAAUGUGUUGUUGUACUUCCCAGAUGCGUUCGGCUUGCAUACAAAUGCGUUUUUGUUAAUGGACGCCUUUGCCUCAUGUGGUUUUCUCACAAUGGGAGUCGACUAUUUCCUUGGAGACGCUGUGUCGAAAUACACAAUGACACCUCUCAAUGAUCCAGAUUUCGACCUCAAAGCUUGGAGUGAGAAACAUCUUCGUUCAUCCGAAGAUGUUGCGUCAAAAUGGGUCGCAAAUGUCAUGUCGAAGUACGGCAAGUCAGAGGGCGUCAAAUUCGCAUGUGUUGGUUAUUGUUGGGGCGCGCGUUUCGUGUGUCAGCAGCUUUCUGACGCUGGCAUCUGUAAGGUCGGAGCUAUGGCACAUCCGUCGUUCAUGAACGAAAGUCACAUCUCUGGUGUCGAGUUACCUCUUUAUAUCGCAGCGCCUAGCAUCGAUAGCUUGUUCCAACCUGAGCAACGUAGCAGGACCGUCGAUAUCUUGACUCAAAACAAGAAGUGCUUCAACAUGCAAAUUUAUGCAGAAGUCGGGCAUGGGUUUGCGACACGAGCGAAUCUGUCUGACCCAUACGAGAGAUGGGCAAAAGAGCAAUGCUUCAGGAACUUUGUCGACUGGAUCGACUAUUGGCUCUCGAAGAACUGAUUGAUUCGCAAACCCAUAGUGACCAAGUCGAGGCAGGAU